UCCAACAAAGUGAACAGCCGCCGCGGCAACACCAUAUUGAUCUACAAUCAGAUGCUUCUCACCGUUUUCACGAUUCAUCACUAUCUACUAAAGAAGAAUCUGUCCCGACGCAGGAUUUGCCCACUAGGAGACUAGCAGCUCCCCGAUCUCAGUCUAGCGAUUAGCCUAACAGCAUCCCAGUUCGCGGCAAUGGCUGAAGCGCUUGCCGUAGUCGCAAUCAUCUCCAGCAUCGUCCAGCUCGUAGACUUCACAUCAAAGGUCGUCACCCGCCUCGACGAGCUUCGUUCAGACACGAGCGAUGCUCAAAAGUCGCUAGGCCAUCUGAAGGCCGAGCUACCUGUGCUGGUCCGCGCUCUCCAACUGAUAGAGGAAGCCAUCAACAGCGGACUCUUCCCGAAGGGGUGCGCAACCGCGCUCGUACCGGUGGUCCAAGGCUGUGAGGAGUCGAUCCGGGAGAUAAAUUCGAUACUAGCGAAGACACUGCUGAAACAAAGUGACGGACGCACCAAGAAGGUUUUCAAAUCAAUAGGCAGCGUCUGGAACGAUGGAAAGAUCGAGAGCAUCGCGAAAGCGCUACGGGACUACACUGGAACGCUGACAUUUUAUUUUGCUGCAUCAUCCUCGACGUUACAACCUCUCACAGUUAAGACAGCUGUUGAAAUGGAGGUAUAGCUAAUAACGGUCACUCCAGACGCGAAGCUCGUCAAGAUACGACAUUGGCUGUCAGCACCAGAUCCGUCUGUCAACUAUCAAAAAGCCCUGGCUUUGCGUCAGCCUGAUACUGGUCUGUGGCUGCUUGGAAGCGAUUUGUACAGAACGUGGCGAGUCACGGC